AAAGCGCCUCAGCCCGCGGCGCCUGCGCAGAAGGUUGUAGACGCUGUAAAGCAAGAGGCACUUGGGAUCGUCCGCAGGAUUGGGACUGCUACAGAGGCCGCCACGGAGCCCGCCGGAGCCACCGUUCCUCUUGCUGCUGCCGCCGCUGCCCGAAUUGGAACUGUCGGGCCGCAGCCGCCGGCAAUGCCGCGAAGGAAGAGGAAUGCAGGCAGUAGUUCAGAUGGAACCGAAGAUUCCGAUUUUUCUACAGAUCUCGAGCACACAGACAGUUCAGAGAGCGAUGGCACCUCCCGGCGAUCUGCCCGGAUCACCCGCUCCUCAGCCCGGCUGAGCCAGAGUUCCCAAGAUUCCAGCCCAGUUCGAAAUUUGCAGUCUUUUGGCACUGAGGAGCCUGUUUAUUCUACCAGGAGGGUGACCCGUAGUCAGCAGCAGCCUGCGCCAGUGACUCCAAAAAAGUACCCCCUUCGGCAGACUCGUUCUUCUGGCUCAGAAACUGAGCAAGUGAUUGACUUUUCAGAUAGAGAAACUAAAAAUGCAGUUGAUCAUGAUGAGUCUCCGCCUCGAACUCCAACUGGAAAUGCACCCUCUUCUGAGUCUGACAUAGACAUCUCCAGCCCCAACGUGUCUCAUGAUGAGAGCAUUGCCAAGGACAUGUCCCUGAAGGACUCUGGCAGCGACCUUUCUCAUCGCCCUAAGCGCCGUCGCUUCCAUGAAAGCUACAAUUUUAAUAUGAAGUGUCCUACACCAGGCUGUAACUCUCUGGGACAUCUUACAGGAAAACAUGAGAGACAUUUCUCCAUCUCAGGAUGCCCGCUCUAUCAUAACCUCUCAGCUGACGAAUGCAAGGUGAGAGCACAGAGCCGGGAUAAGCAGAUAGAAGAAAGGAUGCUGUCCCACAGGCAAGAUGACAACAACAGGCAUGCAACCAGGCAUCAGGCACCAACAGAGAGGCAGCUGCGAUAUAAGGAAAAAGUUGCUGAACUCAGGAAGAAAAGAAAUUCUGGGCUGAGCAAAGAACAGAAAGAGAAAUAUAUGGAACACAGGCAGACCUAUGGGAACACUCGGGAACCUCUUUUGGAAAACCUGACUAGCGAGUAUGACUUGGAUCUUUUCCGAAGAGCACAAGCCCGGGCUUCGGAGGAUUUGGAGAAGCUAAGGCUGCAAGGCCAAAUCACAGAGGGGAGCAACAUGAUUAAAACAAUUGCUUUUGGUCGCUAUGAGCUUGAUACUUGGUACCAUUCUCCCUAUCCUGAGGAAUAUGCACGACUGGGACGUCUCUAUAUGUGUGAAUUCUGUUUAAAAUACAUGAAGAGUCAAACAAUACUCCGCCGACACAUGGCUAAGUGUGUGUGGAAACACCCACCCGGCGAUGAGAUAUACCGCAAAGGUUCAAUAUCCGUGUUUGAAGUGGAUGGCAAGAAAAACAAGAUCUACUGCCAAAACCUGUGCCUGUUGGCCAAGCUUUUUCUGGACCACAAGACAUUAUAUUAUGAUGUGGAGCCCUUCCUGUUCUAUGUUAUGACAGAAGCAGACAACACUGGCUGUCACCUGAUUGGAUAUUUUUCCAAGGAGAAGAAUUCAUUCCUCAACUAUAACGUGUCCUGUAUCCUUACCAUGCCUCAGUACAUGAGACAGGGCUAUGGCAAGAUGCUCAUUGAUUUCAGUUACUUGCUUUCCAAAGUGGAAGAAAAAGUUGGCUCCCCAGAACGUCCACUCUCAGACCUGGGGCUCAUAAGCUAUCGCAGUUACUGGAAAGAAGUGCUGCUUCGCUACCUGCAUAAUUUCCAAGGCAAAGAGAUUUCUAUCAAAGAAAUUAGCCAGGAGACAGCUGUGAAUCCUGUGGACAUUGUCAGCACUCUGCAAGCCCUUCAGAUGCUCAAGUAUUGGAAAGGAAAACACCUAGUUUUGAAGAGACAGGACCUGAUUGAUGAGUGGAUAGCCAAAGAGGCCAAGAGAUCCAACUCCAAUAAAACCAUGGACCCCAGCUGUUUAAAAUGGACCCCUCCCAAGGGCACUUAAAGUGGCCUGUCACUCUGAGCCAGCGAACCCCAGCAGUAGGAAUCCGCACCCUAGGGAUCUGUCUGUCAUUUCUGUUGCUCUCGUGAUUGGCAAGUACAGUAUCCUUUGGGAAGGCCACCCCCCUCAGGACUGUCCUGGCUCCGACCUUCAUGUACACUGCAGACGCUGGUUCUGAGGAACUGUUGUUUCGGCCUCAGUGAGGUUGCCCAGAUGGGAUCUAUAUUAGACUUGAGUGCAGGUCCCUCGCAGCACUGACCCAAGGUAUUCUGUUUGGUACUGUACCUGUCCAGUCACCGGUUCUCUCCUCAUGUUCUCUUACCCCAUGAGGUUGUGUUGUGUCUUCUAAACUUUGUAAUCGUGCUUCUUGCCGCCUGGUCGCCAGACCUCCAAAUAUAGUUGCCACUGCCGGGACCUUUCCAGUUAUUCCUUACAUGUGUUUUUUGGAUGGGCAGGGAAGAGGUGACACCUCUGAGUGUGUGCUGGGAGGGGUCUCUUCCCUUCGGAUUUCAUCUCACUUUCAAUAUUUUCCUCCAUUUUUAUGGAAAGACCUGUUUUGGUCAGUAUCAGGCUGGUCAGAGUCAAAUACUUUGGAAGCCCCACCCUGGGAUCAGUCUUGGUAACAGCACAUCAUCUAUCUGAAUGAGCUGGAGAGAAGUAAGAGGUGGUGAUUCUGUAUUUUGUGUUGAGUUCACCCUUGGGCAGUGGGCCCUGUCUGGGUGGAAGGGAAUGAAUACUUUUUGCCUCACCAGAAAGUGCCCAGUAGUAAACGUUUUCUUCCUUCCUUACUUCCUGCCCCUUUUUAUGUUUGCAGGUGCCAAAAUAAUUUCCAGUUAGUUCUCCCUUUCAUGCUGCAUGUUAACUGGUUCAGUAAUUGCAAAGACCUUUUCACGAGUACCAGUCUGAUAUCGCACACCUGUACUUCCACAUAAGUUGCACUGAUUUUUUCUGAACAUCCUUGGAGAAGCAGACACUGUAAAGUAUCUCAGCCCAUGACUCAACAAGGCAGGCAGAAUGGCCACCCCGCCAAGGUCUGCUUCUCUUUUCAACAGUGCCUCGCCCUCCCCCUAGGACUAAAGUGCUCAUGCCCUUCCAAGAACUCCUCCUCCAUUUCCUCUUUGGGAUUUGCCACCAUCCCCCUAGUCUCUGGUCUCCUAUUUUUGGGAUUUAAGUGAAGGAAGAGAUGCUCCCUCUAAUUUCGCUCCGGCCCAUUAUAACCUGCUAUCUUGGGGCAGCUUUUGAUGUAUGACAUGUCACCCUUCCCAACUUGGUCGCCUACAACACUGCUGUCUUCAUGUGGAGCCCUCACCACAAUCCCGACUCUGGUCAUUUGUGCCUUUUCUCUUGUCAUCUCUGUACACUACUUAUAUUCACUGUGGGUUGGGGGGAGCUAAUUUUAAGCAUGUUCAGUGGCAGCUCCCUGCCAGUUUCAGUGUCACUUAAAAUUUAUCCAAAAGCAAUUUCACUGGGGGUUUUCUUAAGGGAUAAAAGCCUUUUACAGAAGCUAACCCUUCCCCACAUGUGGUAGAAUGUGCUGUUCUAUAUCUACUCCUCAAUAAAGCAUGUUCUCUGCUCAA